UUUUCGGGAGCGACUUAAUCGGAAGUUUUCCUCUGACAGCCAAGUUGUCCCCGUGAGUGACGGACGCGUCGGCCGUCACGACUGCGACAGGGUCUACUUAGUAGUUUAUCUAAACUUACUAUGCCAAGUGCGAUUCGUUAUCUGACCAAUGAAAUUUCAUUCAACUUUUCAAGUUAACGCGCAUGUCAGGCCUUAAAGCUCAAGCACGCAUCGAGGGUCGACAUCAAGUUGUCACUGGUUCAUCAACGGUCGGACAGACUCAGGCUCAACCUGACUGCCUGAAUAUUCAGCACCAAACGUAUUACAUCCUUUCCAGACCAUCAUACUCGACGUAAUGGUUCUGCAAGAGAACAUCUUGGAAGUGUGGAAUGCUAUUCUAAAGAAGAGAGAUACCACUCAGUUCGACCGUGGAGAUAUCUCUUUUAUAAUCGUGGCGGGUGCCAUGGUAUCUUUCAUGAUACCGGGUAUUGCUUUUCUAUAUUCCGGAUUGGCAAGAAGAAAGUCCGCUUUGUCUCUUAUCUGGGCAGUUAGUGCCAGCAAUGCAGUCUGUAUAUUUCAGUGGUACUUCUGGGGUUACUCGUUGGCAUUUUCGCCAACUGCCACCAAUGGAUUCAUGGGCAACCUUGCCAACUUUGGCCUAAUGAAUGUCCUUGGCGACCCGUCACCAGGUUCCCCACUCAUUCCCGACCUGUUGUACGCAUUCUAUCAGAUGGAAUUCGCAUGCGUCACAGUAGGUAUCCUGAUGGGUGGAAUCGCCGAGCGUGGUCGGGUUCUCCCGGCUAUGAUUUUCGCCUUUUUGUGGAUGACCUUGGUUUAUUGCCCCCUCGCAUGCUGGCCGUGGAAUAUAAACGGAUGGGCCUUUAAAUAUGGCGUUUUCGAUUAUGCAGGUGGAGGCCCCGUGGAGAUUGGAAGCGGGAUAGGAGGACUUGCUUAUUCAUGGGUGCUUGGCCGCAGACAGGAGAAAGAACUUCAGAACUUCAGACCACACAAUGUUUCCAUGGUUAACCUAGGUACAUUCAUGCUCUGGUUUGGAUGGCUAGGUUUCAAUGGUGGUAGCGCUUUUGGGGCGAAUUUGCGCGCCGUGAUGGCGGUGUGGAACUCUAUGCUUGCUGCUGCAUUUGGCGGCAUCGUUUGGUGCCUCCUCGACUAUCGUCUGGAGCGCAAGUACACCAUGGUCGGGUUCUGCUCUGGAACCAUCGCAGGUCUCGUAGCAGCCACACCUGCUUCAGGAUACAUCCAUCCAUGGGCGGCAGUCGUCAUGGGCAUAAUCACCGGCGCUGUGUGUAAUUACGCAACUAAAGUUAAACUUCUGCUUCGUGUGGAUGAUGCACUCGAUCUUUUUGCUGAGCACGCUGUCGGCGGGAUCUUGGGUCUCUUGAUGAACGCAUUUUUCGCUUCCCGUUCCAUCAUCGCGUUAGAUGGCGUCAACACAAAUGUUCCUGGUGGCUGGGUCGAUCACAAUUGGAAACAGCUUUACAUCCAAGUUGCCUAUAUCUGCGCGACGUGUUCAUACACAUUCGUUGUUACUGCUCUCCUCGCCAAGGGCAUCAACGCUAUCCCUGGCCUCCACCUACGCACAACAGCUGAGGGUGAGAAACUCGGUCUUGACGAAGUCGAGAUCGGUGAAUUUGCGAACGACUACAUCGAAGUACGGCGUGACUUCAUGGACUGGACGACAUUUGGCGACGAUAUAGGUGCACGCCGACCCAGCGCCGCUAAUGGCAAACACCACCAGCCAGACCUCGUGCAACAGGAUCAACAACAAAAUUCACACCUUGAAGAACUAAAUCACGAUACUAGGAGUACCGAUGAAAAGACCCUUGAGCUCCCCCAGGUCGAUGCAGCCUCUCUUUAAUUGCAGAUAUAUUUCAAGAUCUUCUUUCGUCUGUCGUCCCGGUUAUUGCAGGCACCAAUAUCCGCUAUGUUUUGUUUAUUCCUACUUCCCAGCAUAAUUAUUCGGAGGGGCACACUGCUAACCUCCUGUGCAUCACUUGGCUAUAGCACAUCCCAAAAAAAGGGCGUAUCUAUAUAAUGGUACAUAUAGUUGCCUAAAUAUCUACUACGGUAUUCUCACUACAUCAUCAUAUUUAUCGCUAUCGUGUUGCUUAGCCAGAGUGACCGUGUUCUGUAGCAAAAUGGCCUAUGGUCUUCUCCCAAACCCUGCCGCUCCUG